UAGUAAACUACUUACCACCACCAUCAUCUCUUCCUCCAGCCUCAAUGGCGACCAUUCUUGACCGCCCACAGUCAGCAUUGCUAUUGCAUACACCUACGAUCCCCCAACGAAGACCUGUCACAGAUAUAAUUGAUGUAGAUUUGCUCGACUCGGACGAUGAACUCGAAACGGGUCGAAGAGUUCGUUUCCGUCGGGAGCCUUCCGUGGAGGUCAUUCAAGUCAGUGAAGACGAAGACGAAGAUGUUAUUCCAGUUGCUGGAGGACCUAUUAAUAGCGGUGGCGGCCCAGCAACGUCUGCACCCGCACCCGCGACCACCCGUAAUCGUAACCGUUUGUUUUCACCCCCUCCUCGGUUGAAUAUGUCAUCGACGUCUAUACCACCCGUUCCACGACUGGCGCCACAUCUUGCCUCUCAAGCUUCCCUUCCUCUGUUCAGACAUCCACCACAUCCACCACAUCCGCCCCAUUCGAAUCACCGUGUAGGUGGUGCAGGAUACUCGCCUUCCUCUUCAAGUGUCCAGCCUCCCGUACGCGCACACGACCGGCCUUUUGGAUUCGAGGAUGCAUUUAACUCUCCUAGAGCGAGUAGCAGCGGUAGUAGUCGAUCUCAUCAGCUAUCUCCCUCUACGCGACCUAGUGGCUCACGAGUCUCCAGCCGAAGCUCUUCUCCUGUUGGGCUUCCACCCAGAUUGGGCUUAGGCGGUGCUCUUAUAUCGAGUAACAAUGCCAGACUUGCAGAGGAACGCCAAAUGGCUUCACGUAGACGAUUAUCUGCUGUUCAAAGAGCUCGUGAACAUGCCCACGCGCGUACGCUGCGAGCCGUCGCACGGACUAACGGACAUCGUGGGGAUUGGGGAUUUGGCGGAUUGGGAGGUGGAGGCGGAGGUUUUGGGAAUGACAGAGAUCAGACCCUGGCACAUCUAUAUUUGGAGAUUGGGUUAAUGCCUAUGGAAUGGCCACAUGGGUUUCUUGAUCCUCACCAGUCGAAAAGAACAGAGGUUGAGUAUAGAAAGGAGUAUACGCAUCCUCAACCAGCUGAAGCGGGGUUUACGUUUGAUUUUGCGACUGGGUCCUCAGAAGACGGAGAGGAGAGCCUGUCCGAAGGCUCGCAACAUCCAGCAACCUCUGCUCGAAAUCCUAUCAUUAUUGAUGAUGACGACCAGGAGGGAAGAGUUGGCGUCGGUUCUAGUUCUACCAUUGAAAACAAAGGCAAAGAAAGGGCGACUAUCGUUGAAUCCUCAUCAUCACCACUUUCUCUAAGGACCCUCCUCGUAUGUUCUCAUUGUCGAGACCCGUUGUUAUUGGGAGAGAGUGCUAGUAAGCUCGGACCAGAAGGGGAAGGAGCUAGGCGGAUAUGGAGUUUGAGAUGUGGACAUUUGAUUGAUGGGAAAUGUCUGGAAGUGCUGUCUACACCUCCGUCAACGUCCGCCUCUUCCUUCUCGGAACAGGGACAGUCAUCUUCGUCGGAUGCUCACCGGAAAGGAAAAGGAAAGGCAAUUGCACCCCCCGAGACCGGAAACGAAUCAGAACCAUCUGAUUACCGUGCGAGGUUACGUUCACGCAGGUCUUACAUACCCUCCCUGCCAUCGUUGCCAUCGCUAAUGACCGGUCGAAAGGACGCUAAAGAGAAGGAGACGAACGAGGCUAACACUAUUCAAGAGACGUUUGCGUGGGAGUGUCCAGUUGGUGGCUGCAACAGACAACAUACAAGCGUUAGAAUUAGAGGUGUUUGGGGACCUGCGAAACCAGAGAUGGGAAAGGGAGAUGGGGUUAUUGGCGUUUUUGUUUGAGCUCCCCGUUCCUGCUUUUGGUCGUUGCUUUUUGCGACGUACGACUCCCUGCGGAUUCAUCGUCCUACGUAUGGCUUGGACUUGGGGUCGCGUCUUCCUUGUCCUCCCAUCGUAAUCACAGUUUCAGAACUCUCUCCUUGUCUUAUUGCCAUCUAUCUAUUUGUCACUCAACACACAUAUUCAUCCCUGCAGCACUCAUUCUAUACCUAUUAAACGUGUUUCUUUUGCAACUCAACCAUUUUGGUAGUUAUGUCCGGUGUCUGGCUCUGAGUCCAAACCUGCAAUCUGGUAAUAAGUCUUCCCUACGCCCUCCAUCUCCACCUCCGCUUCUCAACUGCAUCUAACCAUCUAACAUACACCACACAUAGCGCAGAUAUCACCAACAAUACCCCGUCAUAAACGACCACAUCGUUAAACUUCAUCUCCAAGUUCUCUUUACCGCUACUACCUCCACCCACCCCGAUCCCGAUUAUCCUCGCAUGACUGCCAAGAAUCAUCCCCGCAAGCGGUGCUCCAAAAAGAGAUCCCAAGCCCCGGAUAAAUAACAGAUUCCCGUUCACUGCGGCGUAGUUUCUGAGACCGUAGAUUUCUACGAUGGUGGUGGGGAGGAGAGCGUUGUAUCCGCCUGCGAAGAUACCAUAGACGACAACAAAGGCGAUGAAUCGAGUCUUGGCUGCACUAUACCAUAGACUGAAUACGGAUAAUGCGGAUAGGACGACCUGCGGGAUGAAGAGGGCGGGAUGAAAGCGAAUCGGAGCGUAUUCUGACGCCCAACAUAGUCAGCCAGAAUACCCAUAGCCACUCUCGAAAGGCAAUUCACGCCACUGUUGACGCUUAAUAGCAUACUCCCCGUUGAUGGUGAAAGCGAUAAAACAGAGACAGAAUAGGCGACGAUGUAGUAGAUGGGUACUACAUUACCCCCUGCUUGAAGGAAAGCUCCCAAGGCCUACGAUUAUAUUUUCAAUACUCAGACAGUCCUCGAACCCUUUACCACAAAAGAACAGACCUGAAACCAGAAUGUCCCUUUGCUCAAGGCCGCAGUAUUAAUCCACCUUCUCUGUCCCGCUUCCGAGCCACCGCGGAAUGAAGAAGGAUAUCGUUGAAUUACCAUCGAUACCGGAAUUCCCACAGCAAAGUUCCAAAUACCCAAAAUUCUCAACGUCCAUUGAAUUCCGUGAUGAUCGAGUAGGUAUUGUUGGACUGGCGCAAAGACUAACCCUCCGAGACUACUUCCUGCGAGUACGAUCCCCAUAGCGAAUCCCCGGUGACGAUCGAAAUAGAGCGGUGUUAUGGCAAGGAUGGGGAAGUAGUACAUGGACGCUCCGAGACCGUAUAGCAACGCUUGGGUGAGGAACAGAUGCCAGAGCUGUGGAAGGUUGGGAAGAAGGUUCAGUGAGGUCGAAAGGGGUAAGCGGAAUAGAGUCGAAAUCCACCUUCGUAGCAAAACUAGCAAGAAAAAGUCCAAGACUCAUAAAAAACGCUCCGGACAGUGCGACGAUCUUUAUGUUCAAUCGGGACGAAAUGAGAGGGUUGACAAAAAUACUUCCACUCCAUGUCAGCCCAGUCCCGAUCGUGCCAACCAGGGAGACGAGAGCGUCUUGGCCUUUCCCGUCGUCGAUGUUGGUUUGAGUAGACGUGUAGAAUUGCUAAAACAAACGCCAG